AGGAUACUUGAAUUUAGGCCUAGCUAUUUUGAUACGAGUUUGCUAGAAAGGUGUUUGCGGGUGACAGUACUGGUUUGGACCUUGCAAUCAAGUUUUAGGUGUUUGUUUUUGAUUGAAAGCUUAAGCUAAACCCUGGAUCAUAUUAUAACAUCAUCGUGUGUGAGCCGACAGUUUUAACCAACCGAAUAAUCAAUAUAAGAGUGUCACAAUCAUCGUAUAAUGAGGUCUGAUCCGGAUCAGGAGUAUGUUCAACAUCAUUUGAAAUCAAUCAUUAUCCAUUCCUUGGAUAAUCUCAACUAUAAAAAUGCAGAAUUUGCGUGUGAAAGGUUAUUAGCUAGUGGUCCAUCCAACCUUGAAUCGAUUUAUCUAUAUACUCUAACUUUGUUCAGACAAGGAAGGUUUAAGUCGGUGUAUAACAAAUUGGCAGAAAUAAUAGAAAUCAAUGACAAUUUAGGGUGUGGGUACAUAUUUGCCAAACUGUGUUUCCAAUUGAAAAAAUAUAAGGAAGGAAUUUAUCAAUUAUUAAAAAUAAGUCACUUGUAUAAUGAAUCUGCUAUAAUCCCAUUUAUGAAUGAAAACAAUGACAAGUUCUUCAAUUCAAAUGAUACAAAUGUUAAUAAUAACUUGAAAAAUGGCAAUCCAGCCUUUUUCACCACGGCUCAAGCGAGAUAUACUUAUCUUUCUCAGCGUUCUAUUUAUCCAGAUCUGUCCUCGAUUUACCACUUAUUGGGGGAUUUAUAUAAGGCUACUGGCGAUAUAAAAAGCAGUGCUUUAAACUAUUCGUACUGCUUAACCUACAAUCAAUUUGAUUUCGAAGCAUUACAAGAAAUAUGUAAAAUGGGUGUUUAUGUUAAAGUUAAAUCAAUUUUCAAGCCCAAUUCGAUGUUCAAAGAUGCUCCUUUAUCUACUGUGACUAAUCUACCCAAUAAAAGUCGGCCUUCAUUUUUGGAUCCUAAUACAACCGAUAAAUCGAUUGAUUAUUCUAAUACAAAUCCUAAUAACAUCAGUAAUCCAUUUUCAACUACACCGGUUAAUAAUGGCAAUAAACCCAUGGCUGUUGAUGAACUUGAAUUUGUUUCGACUCCUCGAGUUAAAGUAACCCUGGUCCCUGAUGCACCAAUAAGGAAACCAACAACGGAUAAUGGUGGUUCAAAUAAUCGAUUUGAUUUUCCCAAACCAAGUUUCCCAAUGCAUUCAAAUCCUAUCAUAACUCCAACUGGUAAUGAUAAUUCAAGGAAAAGCAAACGAGAAAGUACUUAUUCCAAAAUUACUUCUAGAUUAAUUUCCCAACCUAAUAAAUCCAAUGAUAAUAAUGCAAAUGUUAAUGCUCAUAAUAAUUCUAACAAUAAUGGAGGCGUUGGAGCGGUAACAAAUCCGAAUAAUUUAAAUAAAAGACCCGCAGGUAUACGAAAUGGAUUGAAAAGGAAUAGCUCGAGUGGUCUUAUACCUACAUCAUCUAACCUCAAUGAAGCACACCAUAAUCAUCAUAAUCAGCUCAGCAUAAUGACAAAUAAAGAAAUCAUUAAUAGUGAUGCCUAUUUAUUGAAGCUUUAUAGUAUUUUUGCUAAAGGGAUUAAAAGUAUGUGUAAAUACGAUUGUUAUAAAGCAAUUCGUAUCUUAGAAUCCUUGCCAGAUAACGAAAAGGAAACACCAUGGGUAUUAAGUAAAUUGGGUCGAUUACAUUAUGAGAUUGUUAACUAUAAGCAAUCAGAACAUUUGUUUGUUAAAUUGAGAACACUUGAUAGAACAAGAUUGGAAGAUAUGGAGUAUUAUUCUACAUUAUUAUGGCAUCUACAUAAAAAAGUUGAACUUACGUAUUUAGCCAAUGAGUUACAUGAUUUGGAUAAAGAUCUGGCAGUUACUUGGUGUGUUAUCGGUAAUUUAUUUUCAUUAACAAGAGAACCACACGAAGCAAUUAAAUGUUUCAGUAAAUCAAUUAAAUUAAACGAAAAUUUCACCUAUGCUUACACUUUAAAGGGACAUGAAUAUCUUGGUAAUGAUAAUUAUGAGAUGGCAUUAGAAAAUUUCCGUAUUGGAUUACUAAUUGACCCCCGCCAUUAUAAUGCCUUGUAUGGUAUUGGGAUGGUUUAUAUUAAUUUAGGGGACUACCAGAAGGCAGAUUAUCAUUUCCGUAAAGCUGUUUCAAUAAAUCCAGUCAACAUUACAUUGAUAUGUUGCGUUGGUAUGGUAUUAGAAAAAUUAGGUAAAAAAUCCUUAGCUUUAAGACAAUAUGAAUUAGCUAAUAAAUUGCAACCAUUAAACGCAUUACCGAUCUUCAAAAAAGCCCAAUUACUUUUUUCGAUGCAACAAUUUUCACAAGCUUUAAAAUAUUUCGAACAAGUUAAGGAAUUGGCUCCAAAUGAAGCAUCAGUUCAUUUCCUUUUAGGUCAACUUUACAAUAUCCAAGAUGAUAAAUUCCAAGCUAUAAGAGAGUUUACCAUCGCCUUGAAUUUAGACCCAAAGGGUAACUAUUUAAUUAGAGAAGCCAUGGAGUCGUUGAAGCAAAGAUCCUAAUGAUGAUUUUAGGGAGGCUGAUUACUGGAUUUGACGUUUGUUUAUAUUUUGAUUUGGAUUAUUGUGUACUAUUAACGUCGUUUUUCCCUACCUGCAUUAGUGUCAAAACACUCCAAAAAUCGUGAACUACAGUCAGAUCUUUUUCCCUUUUCUACACUUGCCCGAUUGAUCCUGGUUAUGAUCUAGCAAGUGGAUAAAAAUGAAAGAUGAAUAUUGUUGUAGUUGAAAACGAAAAAUAAAGAAUAACUGAGUCCAAUAUACGAUCAU